GCUCGCAAGCCGGAUCAGGCCGUGCUGCGGGGAGGAGGCAGGACUCGGCAGUGGCAGCGGAGGCGGGGACCGACCCGACCCUGGGGCCGAGGAAAAACGCGCCGCCGCGCCCUCUUCGUCUCCCUCUCCUGUGCGCGCCAGCCCCGGCCGCUCGCCCACCCAGGGCACCGGGCUGGGCUCCGCGCGCCAGGGCGGCACCGGGCCCGAGCUGGGGAGGAGGUGCUGCCAGCCGCCCGGCGCCCUGAGCCGAGGCUUCGCUGUGGAGAACCGCGCCCGGACUAAAGGCGCUCGCGGACUCGAGAGCAUCGGCAGCGACAGACUUCGGCCUGAUGGACGCCUGGUGUGGAUGAUGAAGGAAGAAGGGGCCUCCCGCGCCCCAGAGGUGACCCCAUCGUGUUCCCUUGAAGACCCAGCAAGCCAGCACCAUGCGGCUGGCCUGCAUGUUCUCAUCCGUGCUGCUGUUUGGCGCCGCCGGCCUCCUGCUCUUCAUCAGCCUGCAGGACCCCACAGAGUUCGCGCCCCAACAGGUGCCAGGAGUCCAGUUCAGCAUGAGGCCCCAACGGCCCCACAAGGACCUCCCAUCACUGGGUGGCGGUUUCCCGAAUGGCAACUCGAGGAUUCCCACCGAGAGGGUUCCCCGAGACUUGUCCAGCCGUGCCCCCAAGGGUCUCCACGUGCCAAUGCCUGAUCAGUCUCCACCGCACCUGAAGCCAGGUGCCCGGCCGCGUCUCCCGCAGCGCCGCCGGCGGUUGCUCAUCAAAAAGAUGCCCGCGGCCACCAACACCAACAGCUCGGCGGGAACCGCAGCUGGGGUCCGGCCUGAACCAGGCGCCCCGGACGGCCGCUGGGCGGACCUGCAGCGUGCGCAGCAGGAGCGCAAGCGGCUGAUGCGAGAAGCGUGCGCCAAGUACCGCGCGAGCAGCAGCCGUAGCAGGGCCAUCACGCCACGCCACGUGUCGCGCAUCUUCGUGGAGGACCGACACCGCGUGCUCUAUUGCGAGGUGCCCAAGGCCGGCUGUUCCAACUGGAAGCGCGUGCUCAUGGUGCUGGCGGGGCUGGCCUCGUCCGCCGCCGGCAUCCAGCACGACACGGUUCACUAUGGAGGCGCUCUCAGGCGGCUGGAUACCUUUGAUCGCCAGGGCAUCCUGCACCGGCUCAGCACCUACACCAAGAUGCUCUUCGUGCGCGAGCCCUUCGAGAGACUGGUGUCUGCCUUCCGCGACAAGUUUGAGCACCCAAACAGCUACUACCACCCGGUCUUCGGCAAGGCCAUCCUGGCGCGCUACCGGGCCAACGCCUCGCGCGAAGCGCUGCGGACCGGCUCGGGAGUGCGCUUCCCUGAAUUCGUGCAGUACCUGCUGGACGUCCACCGGCCAGUGGGCAUGGACAUCCAUUGGGACCACGUCGGCCGACUCUGCAACCCCUGCCUCAUCAAUUAUGACUUCGUGGGCAAGUUCGAGAGCAUGGAAGACGACGCCAACUUCUUCCUGAGCCUCGUGCGUGCGCCGCGCAAUCUCACCUUCCCGCGCUUCAAGGAUCGCCACUCGCAGGAGGCGCGCACCACGGCCAGGAUCGCACGCCAGUACUUUGCACAACUCUCAGCCCCGCAGCGGCAGCGCGCCUACGACUUCUACUACAUGGACUAUCUGAUGUUCAACUACUCCAAGCCCUUCGCCGACCUGUACUGACAGCCGCUCAGUGUAGGGUAGGGGUGGGGGC